AUUAAAUCUCCUUUUAACAACACAAUAAUUAUACUUGACGUUUGAAUCAUUUUAAUAGUUGAAAAUGAAUCGCCUGCCUGGAGACCCCGGGAUGGGGAGGAGAGAGAGGGAUAAGGAAUCCGCAUGAGGAAACCGGCGCUCGGGAGGCAGUCUCGAUUUGAGGGGGCUUGAGGAGGAGGCUGAAUGGAGUCGGUGAAAGCCGAGUGAAGAGAGAUUGUUAUAUUCAAUCCGUUAUCUAAAUAUAUAUCUGUAUAUAUACAUAUAGGUUCCUUCAGCAAAAACUAAACAACACAGAAUGGCGGAAAAUGACGUUGACAAUGAGCUCUUGGACUAUGAAGAUGAUGAGGUUGAGAACCAGGCAGCUGGCGAUGCCUCGGAGGUGCCCCUUAAGAAGGACGUGAAGGGCUCGUACGUGUCCAUCCAUAGUUCCGGAUUCCGAGACUUCCUGCUGAAACCAGAGUUACUGCGUGCCAUUGUCGACUGCGGCUUCGAGCACCCCUCUGAAGUACAACAUGAGUGCAUUCCCCAAGCAAUUCUGGGCAUGGAUGUCCUGUGCCAGGCCAAGUCUGGCAUGGGAAAAACAGCGGUGUUUGUCUUGGCUACUCUCCAACAGCUUGAACCUGUCACUGGACAAAUUUCAGUCCUGGUGAUGUGCCACACUCGAGAACUGGCAUUCCAAAUCAGCAAGGAAUAUGAACGAUUCUCCAAGUACAUGCCAAGCGUGAAGGUUGCGGUAUUUUUUGGUGGGCUCUCCAUUAAGAAGGAUGAGGAGUUGUUGAAGAAGAACUGCCCACACAUUGUGGUGGGCACCCCUGGCAGGAUCCUGGCACUGGCUCGCAACAAGUCUCUGAACCUCAAACACAUCAAGCACUUCAUCCUGGACGAAUGUGACAAGAUGCUCGAGCAGCUCGACAUGCGUCGAGAUGUCCAGGAGAUCUUUCGCAUGACUCCUCAUGAGAAGCAGGUCAUGAUGUUCAGUGCCACACUAAGCAAGGAGAUCCGCCCUGUCUGCCGCAAGUUCAUGCAAGAUCCAAUGGAGAUCUUUGUGGACGACGAAACGAAGCUCACUCUCCACGGACUGCAGCAGUACUACGUGAAGCUGAAAGAUAACGAAAAGAACCGCAAGCUCUUUGACCUGCUCGAUGUUCUGGAAUUCAACCAGGUGGUGAUCUUCGUAAAGUCGGUGCAGCGGUGCAUUGCCUUGGCACAGCUCUUGGUUGAGCAGAACUUCCCCGCCAUAGCCAUUCACCGAGGCAUGCCCCAGGAGGAAAGGUUAUCUCGAUACCAGCAGUUCAAGGAUUUCCAGCGGCGGAUUCUGGUUGCCACCAACUUGUUUGGCCGUGGGAUGGACAUUGAGCGAGUCAACAUUGUAUUUAACUAUGACAUGCCAGAGGAUUCCGACACCUACUUACACAGGGUGGCCAGAGCUGGCCGUUUCGGCACCAAGGGACUGGCUAUCACAUUUGUGUCAGAUGAGAACGAUGCCAAGAUCCUCAAUGACGUGCAGGACAGGUUUGAAGUGAACAUCAGCGAACUGCCUGACGAGAUCGAUAUUUCUUCAUACAUUGAACAGAGCAGAUAGAUCAGGAACACCACAAGUCCAGCUUUUAUUGCCGUCGAUUGUUGACAGCCCCAAGUGUGAACUGCACCAUUUUACAUUGAUGUGCAUUCAUCAGCAUUGACAGUGGAAGUGGCUGUAUGUAAAUACCAUGCGUUUGGCUGCACUUGACAGCGAGUGACACUAUUCCGUAAUAUAGACAAUUUUUAGAAUUAUUUUCCUCUUUCCUUUAUCUUUAGUGAACUGUGUUUGCAUGGAAAUUAUGAUUGUUACUAUAACACUACGUCAUCGCACCUGGUACAGUGUAUUUGAGUAGAGAAUAUGUUCCAAUAGUAAUUAAAAAAAAAUCCCCACAAAAA